AUGACCCAGAUACGGAGACUACCCCAGAUCGAUCUUGCUACCCUUCUUGCAUCCCCCAAUCCUCAUGUCGACCUCAAACUCGAUGUUUACGAAAAGGAAACAAAGGGUUUCUUGAAGGCAGUCUCCACCUACAAGAAUAAUUCGAUCGCUCAAAUAUCGGAACUUCGCGAAAGAGGUGCCGCAGAAAGGAAAAAAUUGCAGGAAAAAGCCCAGGCAAUAGAGGCAGAAACGAACAACUGUAAAGUUCUUGAGAUAGAACUCAAUGAAAUCCUAGCAAAGGAACACGCUGAAAGGAGAGAAGCUGAGGCAUCCGUUGCAAAGCGAAAGCGUGAAUUGGCUGUGCUGAAUGAAAGAUGCUCUUCGAUGGACGUACAGAUUGAAGAGUAUAGAGCAAUCGUGGCGAAUCUUCGACGAGAGCGUAGCAAAGAACGUACAACGCUCACCUCGUACGCUGCUCGCAUAUCGCCAGAGUUGGAGGUGUGCCAGACGCUGUUAGCUUGCGUGGUUGAAGGAGUAGAAAAAGACCAAUUACUCAUACGCUUCACUCAUAUCGAUGAUUCAGAUUUGGAGCGCGAGUUUAGUUUUAUUCUUGACGUUGCUCAGCCCUCGAUUUACAAAGUCCUAACAACCUCUCCACCGUUGCCAGUUCUAGCGUCAUUGGUGGAUAACCUCAAUGCAUCGGGGGAUAUCUAUGGGUUCAUUAUCCGGAUAAGGGAAGCGUUCGACAAACUAGCUAACGAGAACAACUAA